AGAGGGAGGGAAGAAGGCAAGAGGGCGGGAGCGAGCCCAGCCUCAAAGGCUUCGGAUAAUUCCGCUUCCGUUGGGAAGAGGGACCAGCCGAGGGUGAGUGACUCUGGCAGAGUCUCUCCACGCGUCUCCUCUUCCUCGAGGCUCGGGCGCGCCGUUGUGGGACCACCACCGACAACACCAACACCCGCCAUGGCCACCUCGCCUCAGAAAUCGCCCUCCGCACCCAAAUCUCCAACUCCCAAGUCGCCCCCUUCCCGGAAGAAAGAUGACUCCUUUUUGGGCAAACUCGGAGGCACUUUAGCCAGGAGGAAAAAAGCGAAAGAAGUGUCUGAACUACAAGAAGAAGGAAUAAAUGCCAUUAAUUUACCACUCAGUCCAAUUCCUUUUGAACUAGAUCCUGAAGAUACUAUGCUAGAGGAAAAUGAAGCCCGAACAAUGAUUGAUCCAAAUUCAAGAAGUGACCCCAAACUACAGGAGCUGAUGAAAGUGCUGAUUGACUGGAUUAACGAUGUUUUAGUAGGAGAACGAAUCAUUGUAAAAGACCUGGCUGAAGACCUGUAUGAUGGACAAGUACUGCAAAAACUCUUCGAGAAGCUUGAGAGUGAGAAACUCAAUGUUGCUGAAGUCACACAGUCUGAAAUAGCUCAGAAACAGAAGCUACAGACAGUACUUGAAAAGAUCAAUGAAACUCUUAAACUUCCUCCAAGGAGCAUCAAGUGGAACGUUGACUCUGUCCAUGCUAAGAGUCUAGUUGCAAUACUGCACCUUUUGGUAACAUUAUCACAGUACUUUCGAGCCCCAAUCAGACUGCCAGAUCAUGUGUCUAUUCAAGUAGUUGUUGUCCAGAAGCGAGAUGGAAUUCUCCAGUCCCGACAAAUCCAAGAGGAAAUAACUGGUAACAUUGAGGCAUUGUCGGGACGGCAUGAAAGGGACGCAUUUGACACACUGUUUGACCAUGCUCCAGAUAAACUCAAUGUAGUGAAAAAGACUCUCAUAACUUUUGUGAAUAAACACCUGAAUAAGCUGAAUCUGGAAGUUACAGAACUGGAAACUCAGUUUGCAGAUGGAGUGUACCUGGUGCUUCUGAUGGGUCUUCUUGAAGGUUAUUUUGUGCCUCUUCACAGCUUUUUCUUGACUCCUGAUAGUUUUGAACAAAAGGUACUCAAUGUAUCAUUUGCAUUUGACCUAAUGCAGGAUGGAGGGCUGGAAAAGCCAAAACCAAGGCCGGAAGACAUUGUAAACUGUGACUUAAAGUCAACCCUGAGGGUGCUGUACAAUUUGUUCACCAAAUACAGAAACGUAGAAUGAAGAAGGCCAUUGGGAUCCCAACCAAAGAGCCACUCCUUUAUUUCCUGUUGUUCUUUUUCUCUUACACUACACUUUCUUCAGCUGAGAUGGCAUGCUUCUUGAACUAUUCUUGCUAUGUUUGUUUUGCACAAAAUGUUUUAAAUUAGGUCUACCUUAAAUCAGAAAUAUAAAGUGAAACUCUGUUGGAGGAUACACAGGUUUCUUGUGAUGGACUUCUUUGUUGCUGCAUUAUUCCUUUGUUUUAACUUUCUCUUACUUUUUUGGAGAGAAACAAGAAAGCCACAUCCAGGUUAAGAGAGUCAACUGAUUUUAGUAGAAAUACCAGCCUCUUCCUAUGAAUUCUGCUGCAGCAAUAACCAAGAAGAUCACGUAUGUAGGUCCUUGCACUGCUGCUGAGAACAAACCAUCUUCUUGUGCAGGAUUCUCUCUUAGUCAAAGAGCUUGUAUAGCUGCUAUCUUUGGUUCUUGAGCAGCAGCUGCUUAUUAUAUGUAACUCAGCUAUGCCACACAAAGGACAUAAUCAGCCAAGGAAGAGAAUAAUGCAUUCUUUCAAUGUGUUUGGCUCUUCAUUGAGAUGAGCUGGAAUAGCAGCACAAUUCUGUAUUUCCCCCCCUGCAUUAAGGUUAGUGACUCUCCCCUGCCUUACCAUCAACAGGGAAUCAUUUUAGCUAUCAAAGUGCUGUUUUUAAGAUUUAGGAGCUAAGCUGGUCCAUAGAAUUACUUAAAUUGAAAUGCUUCAGUUAAUUAAGUAGUCGAUUGAGAUGCAGGACAUUUUCUAUGUCUGUGUCUAUUAAAUAUUAAUUUCAAAGAAUGGAUCCAUUGUAUUCCUAAUGAGAUGUAAGAGUGCUAUUACAAGGAUCAUGAAGAAUAUAAUAGAUAUAUAUACAGAGAAAGAGAGAGAGAGACUGUGGGUGGCAAGAUACAAAUUGAGCUUAGGUCUUCAAAAUUUGACAGAAGAAAUUUAAUUUAAUUACUGCAUUUAUAUCCCACUUUUUCUACAAGGAGCUCAAAGUGGUGUACAUGGUUCUCCCUCUCCUAAUUUAACCCCCACAACAACCCUGUGAAGUAGGUUAGGCUGAGAGGCAGUGACGGGCCCAAGGUCACCCAGUGUGCUUCAUGGCUGAAUAGAGAUUUGAACCCUGGUCUCCCAGGUCCUAGCCAUUAUAAGGGGGCAGGUUUGUGUUUUCCUAUACAUACAUUCCUUGUAAUUUUUCAUUCCUUUCAGUUUUGCAAAUCAUAAAGUUUUUCUUUAAUUGCAGUGUAUUUAGAAUAACACACAUUAUAUAGUAUUUUCUGCAAUAGGAUACUCUUGAGUAGUUUCAAAGGCAGUGGUACAAAAUGUGUAUAUAAUUUCAAUAUUCAGCUCUUUUAUGAUGAGGCACUAGUGCUAGAAUAUAGGUGGGAUCAGCCCAGUCGGUACUGAAAUGAGCUUUGUUUACUUAAUUGAAAUGAAACAAAAACAAAUUGGUACAAGUAAGGCACAGAAGGUAAGGUUUAGAGACAGAAGCAAAGAUAUAUAUUGUUCAAAGAAAAAUAUAUUUUUGUGUCCCUUGGUUUCUGGAGAUCUAAAAUUAAAGAGAAAUGUUGAACUGUUAAUGAAAAUCAGGCUAUAUUGCAUUAUUAAUAAUGAGCCUACAGUUAGAAUUUUAGAAUAUUUGUAUUUUAAUAGGAUUUGGCAAAGAAUAUAUACUGAAAAACUUAUGCUAAGAACCUCAAACUUUUCUAUAUAUACUGUUUGCCAAAUCUUGUUAAAAUACAAAUAUUCUAAAAUUUUAAUUCUAGGCACAGUAUCAAUAAUUUGUGAUGCAUUUUUCCAUGCUUACUUUCUACCGAACUUUUAAGAAGAGCAGCUUGUUAUUAUUUUUUUAACUAUUCUCUACUAAAACUAGUCAAAUCUAAAUGUACAUUAAUAGUCUGUACCUAUUUUGUACAUUGUGAUGCUGAUUUUUUAAAUAUUUCUUAUGUUUAGUGAGAAGGUAAUGUGACUCCUUUAGUUAGUUCACAUUUGAUUUGUUUUUAUAAUGCAAGCAAAGGGUUCAUAUUGCCUAAGAAUAUGCCUAUUACCUUCCUGGUGCUAAUAUAUAUUGCCUUUAGAUAUUCAGAAGCCCAAGGCCAAUUUUCAUCUUCAUCUUCAUAAAACUCCCAAAAGAUUAUUGCACUUGGUUAGUUUUGUAUGGUACAUAUGCUGGUUGAACAUUCCCUGCCUUGUGUGAUGAGAAUUGAGGGGGAGGUAUUAAUACAUCCAGGUAAAAUCCUUGUUUGUGAUAUUUGUAUAUGUUACAUACCAUUUCUCAUCACAUGAGGGUGCAUACAAACCAUAUAGACAUUGCACAAAAAUUGAUAUGUCUAAAUUAUCUGAUAGUAGCUUUCAAGGUGACCACAUAUAGAGAGCUCUUAUGCAUUGAAUAGUUCUGUACAAGAGGGAUAACAGAUUCAGCUUUCCUCACUUCUGCAUAACAAGCUUCGCUACCUGAAGUUCCCUGUUGUAUUUCCAUACAGGAUCUUAUUUAGAAGUCUUACUUUUGUGUCUUUUGACAUGACUUUAUCACGUUCAACAAUAACAGCAUGACAAUUAACCCUCAAAAUAUAUUGACAGAUUUAUACUAGGCACUGGAUCCAGUUAAUAUUUUGCAAAUGCAAGGGAUUCUUCCCUUUGUAGCAGGGACUGAGAUCAAGCUGAGCUUGCGACUGAUUGAAGGGAAGCAGGCAAUUUUCAUUGAUCCCUCCAACAGCCUCUCAUGCUACCUUCUACACUGGGGGUCUGGAGAGUUCCCUGUCAGGACCCUUCCUGUCAGGAUCCCAGCUCAGGCCACCACCUGCUAGGAUCCCGCCUGUGGCUACCGCCUUGUCACAGUCCCACCUCAGGGUUCUGGUUUUUAAAUGGUUCUCUUACAGGCUCUAGCAAAGAUCUCUCAAGAUCCCACUGCUAGACAGCACCACCAGUCACUCCCAGUAAUUCAAUAUUGCCUUGAGACUGUGCCUUAGUCUCUUCCAGGCCUAUUGAUACUUUGUGUCUGGGUGCACUUGCAGGCCACAACCCCCCUGUAUCUUUGUGCCUAUAAAGCAUACAGUCCUGAGUUGCUUUAUACUGUUUCCCCACCUUGGUAAAUGCCCUGCCCACCCUUCUGUUCUGUGUAAACCCAGCCAAGGAUCAGGUGUUAAGUAAACCAAGAAAUAUUUAUUUAUAUACACAGGAAUAACAAGAUUACUUAAAGGUAUAGUUUAACGAGUGUAUGGCUUCAUCAGAUGUGUUACUCUUUAUGUUACUAGUAGUCAAUAACCUGCCUCACUACCAGCCUAAUCCAAUCCAACCCACAAAACCAACAGCCUCCCUCAGAACUCCCACCAACAAAACCAACCCACUGUCAUCUUCUCAUUUAUACCUUCAGACACUCAAACACUCAGCCAAUCAUAAUACAACAUUCCAGCCCAUGUACUACUCCCUCUCGCUCAGUCCACUUACCAUAUACACUCUAAUAAACCCGCACUUACCAUAUUUACAGUCAUAUAUACACAGGGACAUCACAUUCCCCAACCUUCCGGAGCCUCUUUGCAUGGGGUUCCAGAAGGUAGAGUUGGUAAAAAUAGCUUCUUCUCCCCUGCCACUCUUCCUCCAACAGGAGCAUCCCGUGAACAGCAUUCUGCUCACAGGAACUCUGGAUCUAACCCACAAGCAUUAGAUACUCCUCACACUGUUUUACUUGAUAACUUUCCCCACUGCAAUCCUAAACGCCCCUUUUUCAGGCCUUACACCAGCUUCUGCCGGCUUCUCCUUCACUGGGCUUCCCUGGCAGAUCCCUGGCUGAGGUGGCUCACUGAAAGAUAUGUCUCUAAACAAGUUUUUGGGUUUAGAUUCAGGUUCAGUUUGGUUUGUUCCCCCUGAACUGCAGCAUGUUUCAUCAUGCACACAGUUCCAGGCACAAUGCCAUGUGCUACUGGCUCGUGUAGGGCAAUCAAAGUUAAAAUCGAGGAAAAGGACUGUUGAAGUCAGUGGCUGCCAAGGAAAACAGAAAAUUCCUCAUCAAAGUCAUUAAAUCAGGUUGAGAUAUCUACCUUAUAAUGCUGAGCAGAAGCAAAAAUUACAUCACAGCAAAAAUCUCUAGAUGACCGUUUUCAAAGAAACACAAUACUAACAAGUUUUAGUUUUAUAGUUUAUAGUUUAUUUUAUUUAUAUACCACUUCUUGGCCAAAAGUCCCCCAAAGUGGUGAACAACAUAUUAAAACAGAUUACAAAAAAAAAAAAAAAAAAAAAGUUCUAGCCUUCUGUUACUAAUUUUGCUUUGUUGAAUUUCCAGAUAGGCAUUAGUGUUUCCAUUGUUACAUUAUUGUUUCACAUAAGUUAGAUUUGUGUAAAAUAGAAAAAAUGGAUGAUAGCCAACUGCCAUACCAGAUCCAUUGCAAUCAAUUGAUUUUAAUGGGUCUACUCUGAGUAUGACUUGACUAUCACCCAAUAGUUUUUUUUAAAAUGGAAUUCCACAGAUGAUAAUAGGAGGAGUAACUGAUGUGUUUAAGUGACAUGAAACAAGCAUGUCUUGCCAUUUUUAGAGGAAGCUUAAUAGUUAAUUAUGCUGGGAAGAAAAUACCAAGUUCCAUAAACAAUUUUUUUGAAUAAAUGAACAAGGCAUUGAGUACUUAAGCAAGGUCACCACCUCUCCUAAAUAAAAUCUGAAUAUUUUUGCAAAAAAGUACAGUUGAGGUCAGGUGAUAAUGGGUGGAUGUUACAUGUAUAACCAUUAUUUGACUGGAAUGCAGAUUUCUGUCAAAGACUGAAAAGCAUUUGUGGAAUGCCAGAUUAUUUUUUAAAAAAAACAUUUCACUAUAUGCAUUCUUUGAAACAGUGGGGAUAAUAAUAAUGCAUUUAUUUGUAUAUGUAUUAAUUUUAACCUUAGCACAUGUAGGUACUAAUGGGAGUUAUCUUUACAUAUUUUUACGAAUGUGUUGCAAGCGUUCUUGUAACCAUAUGUUAUUCUGUGAUAUGAGAAGGUAUUGAUGAUCCAGCUGUGCACACUACACACAUGGACCCCAGUUAGAAAAGCAACGGUCACACCAAACGUUGGUGGAGGAAAACUGAAUCCAGCCCUCUCGGCCCCCUCUUGAACACAGGUGCCUGUUUUCUAAAAUAGUUUUGUGUGGCAGCUGGAUCUGUGAAGAAACCACAUGUGCAGCACCCAUUUACAUGUGAGGGUCCUUAUCAACUGCCUAGCUGGAGAUGGCCCUGAGUUAGAGCAAGAGGACAGACUGGGGAUGUAUAGCUUUAUGCACGUGAUAAAUUGGUAUCUGUGAUGCAUGGGCCCUUCCCAUAACUUUCAGCAGGAGAAUUCUGCUUAACCACCCGGGGUUCCAUUACCUACUUUUAAAAUAGUUUCCACUAAUGAUAAUUUUGCUGAUAGCACUUUCUCUCUAGAACAAAGUUAACCUUUCAAGAAGCAAGAUUAUUAUUCCUUGGAUGUGUCUUUUGUCCAAGUUCCAAAGUGUUCAUUUGAGAAUGGAAUCGUAAAAUAUCUUGAGCAUAAACAGCAGCUGAUUCCAUGCUCAAAAAUAUAGGGGGUUGACACUUGGGAUCAUGAAGGUAAUUGCAUUGAUUUUAUAAAAGAAACUAAAUUGUUGAACACGUAUAUGUUUUGUAGCAAGUAUUUGUUUUAACUGAAGAGCAGUUUUUGCAAAAUAUAGUAACACAUAUAUUAUAAACAUGGAAUGGUUUAAUUAUUUUUAUACCCAAGCACUACUUGUCCUAUAUAAAUGGAUCCUAUCUUAUAUUUCUAAUUGAGAAUUAUUACUUAUUGAAAUAGAUUCUACAGAUUAUAUCUAGUAUUUAAAAAAUGGAAAUGGACUGCCUUCAAGUCGAUCCCGACUUAUGGUGACCCUAUGAAUAGGGAUUUCAUGGUAAGCAGUAUUCAGAGGGGGUUUCCCAUUGCCUCCCUCUGCGGCUAGUCCUUCCCAGCUGGCCAGGGCCUGCUCAGCUUGCCACAGCUGCACAAGCCAGCCCCUUCCUUGUCCGCAACUGCCAGCUGGGGGGCAACUGGGCUCCUUGGGACUAUGCAGCUUGCCCACGGCUGCACAGGUGGCAGGGCACGUAACCCCUGAGCCACUCACUGUGGGGUGAUCUUUAGCUGGCCCUUGACACCCAGGAGACAAGAGCGGGGAUUUGAACUCACAGACUCUGGACUCCCAGCCAGGCUCUCCUCCCCACUGUGCUAUACCAGCUGUCAAUAUAUCUAGUAUAUAUUGCAUCUGAAAUAAUGUAGAAAAAUAUAUAAACAGGUUUAUUUCUGUAAACAUUUUUUAAAAAAUAUCAAAAUAGUUGUAACAUAGUUGGGGGAAAUUGUGGCAUUAGUUAUCAUAAAGUCCUGAUAGACAUAAGGUUUGUUCCCUUGGUUAUUGUUGACAUAAAGAGAGUUUUAGGAGCAGCACAGCCUUAUUUUUAAUACUAGUGUUAAGAAAGAAUUUUACAGAUCAUGCCAGAAAUGUAAAAGCAGCAUUGAAAUUGCCUCAUUCUUCUAUUGGACCAGUAUGGGAGACUGUCUGCAUUCUUAAAAGCACAGGCCCAUAGUCUGAUGGCCAAGACGAAGAAACCAACGCAAAACUGCUACCCUGGAGUGCUGUAAAAAUGCCAAGGGAAGCAUCAUUUUAUGUUUCCAACUCCUCUUCCUUCCCCCUUUAAUCUCAAUCAACACUCAGCAAACCCCAUGUACAAUUACCAGUUGGAGUGCAAUUGGCUGCCUGUGGACUGACUGAAUUGCUUGAGGUGCAGGUUUAUGAACCACCACUUCCACAUGGGAAGUGGACCCACAGAUGCUGCAACCUAUAUGUCAUGAGAGCUUGAAAAAAUGGCUGCUGUAAUGGCACAGAUCACAGUGGUAAUAUUUGCACACAUACUCAUGGAGUUGCUAGAUCUUACAUUCUGUAUCUGUGUAAUCCCUUCUGGGUCAUAACUCUGCUAGUAGUUCACUCACUUCUGCAGGCAAUCUUGAGAGCUGGCAAGCGCCUGAAUUGGACCACUGUCUCCUCUGUUAAUUCUAAGGAGGGACCCUCUUGUCCAUUUUUUUUAAAUCAUCGUGCUGUUCUUUCAUGUGGGCUGUUUUUUAGGGGGAGGCCUGCAUAGGUGAGCAGUUUGCUGCUAGUAUAAAAUGUGUUAUGGUUUAGUCUUUUUAAAAACAAUAAUAGACCAUCUGAACAGGGAAAGUCUUUGUGAAUUCAGUGGUUGAUACUAAAUCAUGUCUGAUGUGGUGUUAAUUCUGUGGACCAAGCUGUAGCUCGAUUUUAAACUUGGUCAGAGGUAAGCCAAGAAAGCUCUUAUUCAAAGAAAUAAUAAGAGUUUUUAACUUCCAUGGCUUCUGAGAAAAUAUCCAGAUUUUUGUGACAAGACUUCUGAAGGCUGGAAACUAGCUAGGCUAGGUAGUCGGGAAUGAGGCCUUAUAUGCCUUGACUUUUCUAGCCUUUGUUCUCUUGUGCUUUCUGCCACACUAAUCUGCGAAUACCCUCCUUGUCUUUGAAUGAAUGUAUAUAUAUAUACACAUACAUACACACACACACACACACACACAUAUACAGCAGACAAGACUUGUUAAUCAAUAUAGCUGGCAUGGAUAUUAAGAUAAGUGGCACUUGAUCAGUGUAAUUCACCUACUUUUAAUAUUGACAUUUUCCAAAUGAAUCUUCCUGAUCCUUUUCAUGAAUGUUUUGUUCCAAGCCAACACUAGCACAGCUAACUGAAUAGUUUAUUUUAAAAGUGAUUAUUUCAGUAGUCAGAAAUCUAUAUUUCUUUUAAUUCACUGUAUAUUAACUCUCAUUUUUUGAAAAAAAAUGCUAUGGGCUUCGUCUCUGAAAAUGUCCCCUAAAUAUACACUACAGAAUACACCACCAACCCUUUUUUAAAAAAAUGGAAUUUCCUUAACAGUUAAUAGAGGAUAUGUUGCCAAAAUCAGUAAACUCAAUUUCUAUAAUUUUACAAGCAAUCUAAUGAGAGUGAACAUUUGGAGUCAAAGAAUUUGAACUUGCAUCCCCUCUUGUGCAGUGGGUGGGAUAUACGCAAUGAGCAUUAAUCCAGUGAACUGAACAUGUGUGUAUGUGUGUUAAUUCAAUACACUUAUAAAAUCAAUUGUAAAUCAGAAAAUGUCAGAUUAGAACAUUGGCUUGAAAUACAUACUUGAAUCUCAUGUUAUGUGGGAAGAAAUAAGCUAUUUUGUUUUCAACUGGUAUUGAAUAUGAAAUGAAAUGAAAUUUUUAUUUCAGUCCCAGAUCAGCCAUGGUAUUGAAUAUGCUGUAAAUAAUUUUAGGUAUUAAUAACUUCAGAAUGGCAGGUAUGCUAUCUUCCAAAGAAUGCUGAUGAUCUGUUUAACAAUUGAUGUGCAGUCGUGGGCAUAUGAAUUUGAAUACAUUGAACCUGUUACAAUCAAAAUCAACCUUUUUAAUGUGUAUUUUGGCUAAUGGAUUACACCUUCAGUUGCAGACUUAAAUUUGUAAAAAAUAAAUGUUAUGUAGGCUGUGAAAAAA